CGCCGCGCAGUGUCGAGUGUUGCACGUACACGCUCGGGAGUUGGGACGCGGGCGCGACGUGUGCGCAUUAUUAUAAUAAUUAUAUUAUUUCGUAUUUUGUAUAGUAUAAUAAUAUUAUAAAUCAUAAUAUGUAGAGAGCCCGAGAAGUACCUAUAAAAAUAUUUCUUAUAUAUUAUAUAUUUUUUAUAAUUUAUAUUAUUAUUAUUGUCGUGUUGUAAUAAUCUGCGCGGGGUAAUCACAAAAUAAUAUCAUUAACAAUAUUAUCAUUGCGAACAAAGAUAAUAAUAUGAUAUUUUAACGUCGGUGUUUCUAUAUAGUGUUUAUUUCAAUGAGCAGCGUUUGCGCGGACCGUCGGCUUACGUAGUGAUCAGGAGGCGGUACAUACGCAGUUCGGCUAUCGACGAUAAUACAUUAUUAUAAUUAUUAUUUACGUUGUCACACGAGUUGGCCUUUAAUUAUCACCGGCAAUGAGAUGCAGUAGGUACGCCAAUAACGUUCCACCUGUACAGAUGCAGAUGUAGUGAUGCGUGUCCGGCGUUUCGACGUGACCCACCGGAAAACGCAGCACGUCCUCUCGAGCACGCGGUCGUCUUUGGCGAUAACUCAAAACCGUCUGAAAAUAUAGGUCUACUGGCAUAUACGGUAAACGCUCUUGGCCGUCUGUCAAGUCCACCAAUACGAGCCGAGUGUGUGGGUACGCACUAAAGUUUGACCGGCCGGCGCGCCUGCACGAAGGACGUCGUCGUCGUUCGGGUGUCUUCUUCGUCGUAUUAAUACGACCUAACCUACAGCUAUAUAAUAGGUGGUGUGCGCGGUGCGUCGUUCGAGCUGUAUACAACCGACGAGACAGCCGAUCACUAGAUUGCGCCGGUUUUAUUCUAUAAGUAUACGUCCGGUCCGGUAUUCGCCAACGCUGUCGCCCCGCGAUGCACUACCGUAGUCCCGUCCUGGGUAGUCGAUUCUUGAGGCAAUUAAAAAGUAUGUGGCGAUUAGCAUAAGAAUUAAAAUGACGACGACUCAUAAGAAACACAAGAGAACACACAGUAAUCAACAAACUAUAGAACCAUACUAUACUAUUAGAUACCUAUUUAUAUUUGUUACAACAUUAGCGUCAGUGACGGUGUAUCACAUUCAUCAAGAGAUAGUGAGGCCGAAACUCGAACAUUUGGUAGUUUACGAAAAUUUAACUGAUCGUGACCCAAGAGUUACUUGUCAGUUUCCUAUACUUAACCCGUUCGAUUCAUCCAUUCUCAAAUACGUGUUCGUACCCAAACCUAUAAAAUGUAUGGAGAGGUCUUAUCGUUUGACUUACAUCAACAUGAGCACAGGGCUUCUACAGUUCAACGCGUCAGGAUUCGAAGAGUCCGGUUAUUCCUUGACCUCAAAUACGCUUCGUUGUUAUUAUCAAGAAAUUAAUCGUCCAAUCGAUGAUGAUUUUCGUUUAGAGUACGGACCACAAAUUCCCAUCACUGGUUUUCAUGAACCUCUCACGGAUUUCAUAUUCGUAUCAUGCACCAAUUUAUUUGGCAUUACUGUAUAUAGUAACUUUCACGCAUAUGCUAGAAGAAGGCCAGAAGUUAGGAAAUUUAAAAACGAUAUGGAACUAGGGGUAGCUGUAAUUGGAAUCGAUUCUAUUUCACGUUUAAACUUUAUGAGACAAAUGGUAAAAUCGUAUAAUUUCAUUAACAAAGAAAUGAGUGGUGAUGUGAUGCAUGGAUUCACCAAAGUGGGUGAAAACACAUUUCCUAAUGUGAUACCGAUGCUAACCGGCCGAUCAUUCAUCACGGAACAUAACAAUAAGUUUGAUGACUGGCCGUACAUAUGGAAGGACUUUAGUGAAGAAGGUGCCGCGACUUUAUAUGCCGAGGACCAGCCAGAAUUUAACAUGUUUGAUUAUUUAGCAAGAGGGAUUACUUUACAGCCAACUCUGCAUUACAUGCGCCCAUAUUGGUUAGCUGUGGAACAGUCGAUUCUAUAUAAGAUGAGCUCACCUGGUUGCCUUGGACCAACGCCUAAACAUCUUAUCUAUUUCGACUAUUUGAAAUCAUUCCUAAAAGUCUAUAAAGACUCUCCAGUGUUCUUGUUCUCUCUUUUUAACGAAGUUAGUCACGACUUUGUCAAUACUGUCGGUGUAAUAGAUUUAGAUUAUAUGCAAUUCCUCAAGACUUCUCUCCAAGAAGGGCUUUUUAACCGAACUGUGAUUUUUGUGCUCGGUGAUCAUGGAAACCGUAUGGAUUUCAUUCGGCGAACCAAAGUGGGAACCAUAGAGGACCGGAUGCCAAUGGUCACCGUAAUACUUCCAGAGUGGGUAAGCACGAAGUAUCCAUCCUGGAAAGAAUCCCUCCGUGAUAACCGUAUGAGACUGACAUCCACCUAUGAUAUUUAUGCUACAUUCAGACAUAUAUUAAGUACAUUGAAUAAUCAAAAUAAAUCAACUGAUAUCAAACCACACUUACUAAAUAGUAUCCAAGACAAAAACGUUAAGAAUCAUUUUUCAGCUACUAGUACAGGCUUAUCGUUUUUUGAACCCGUUCCAUUAGUUAGAGAUUGCAAUGCUGCCGGUGUAGCUCAAUGGCUGUGUGUUUGCAACGAAGGUCGACAAAAGCGACUUGAUCCAGAUCACCCAUACAGCCUUGCAGCAUCAAAUGAAGUCAUAAGGUAUUUUAAUGAACUAUUAGAUGGUCUUGAAAAUUGUGCUGAAAUGAAAUUGGCUUUUAUUGAACAUACAUAUUUGUACGAAGCACCGCAAAAAUAUGACGAUGGUAAAGUGUACGAAAAAUCUGUUCAAAUAACAUUCAAAGCCUCGCCAGGUAAUGGAUACUUCGAAGCCACACUUGGUAUAGAAAUAAAUAAUGGAUCCCAAACAUUUGAAGUCAUUGGGCAGGUCUUUAGAAUUAACAAGUAUGGAAAUCAAGCAGACUGUUUGCCCAGAACGAUGCUCGCUAAAAUGCCAAUUUUGAAAGGAAUUUGUUAUUGUGAUUAAAAUAUUAAAUAUAUAAAUAUACAUUAUAAGAAGUAUUAAGUAUUGUAUUACUCGACUGUACAAAUAAAUUGUUAAUUGUUAAACUAUGAAAAUGACUGAACAAUUUAGUUUAAUAUACCUAUGUAGACAUACACAUAAUAUAAACUAUAAAUAUAUUUCAAACAAAAUUGUUUUUAUAGAAAUUAUUAUGAUAACACCUUGUCAAUUUAAUAUGUGUUAAUUAUGAAUAUAAUGUUAAUUUUUAAUACAAUAUGUCAAUAUGUACCUAUUUAUUAUAGAGGUAUCUAAUACUAUUGUGAUUUAAUUUUCUCAGAAUUUAAGUUAAGUGUAUUUGGAGAUUCAUUUAUUUUUAUAUUAUAUUAAUUGUGUUAUAUUCAAACUUAUACUCCUAAACAUUAAAAUUUAUUUCUAUUUUAUACCUUUAGGUAAAUAAUUACCUCAGAUAAAUAUUGUUGUCAAUACCGAAAAAUUAUAACACAAAUAUUGUUAAUGCCUAUUUAAGUAUUUAUUUUUAUACGUUUGUAUAAUAAUAUAGGUACGAUUGUAUAAAUGGGUAUCCAAUAUAUAUAUAUAUACAGAAUGUAACAGCCUGUUUCUAGGAAGACAUGACAGAUAAAAUAAUUUUUGUUCUAAUCAAUAUUUAAAAUUUUUUUUUAUGUAUUAAAUGUUCUAACUAAUUAAAUAAUUUGUA